GUCACGACCUAGCUCCUAGGGUGCAUUCUAAGGACUAAACCGCUGCGCUACCGGCAAAAGACCAGGAUAUCAGGUCGUAAGACCUGAUACUGCACUCACUUAUAUAGUACUUGUUUUCCACACUGUCACAACCAUAUACUGUUAUUUCCACUGGAUCAACUCAUCAUUCACAUGGCGACAUGACAGACUCCUUUUCAUCCCCUAGCCCUGGCAGCAAUGAAGAACAGCCCAACACCAUUGUACUGUCACCAUUGCAAAUUGAAAACCCACAUGAGCUCUACCAACUAGUUACCAGAAAGGCCCAACUGCCACCUCAAUUAUAUCUCCAUAUCGAGGGGACUCAUAUGGAGAACGAGCCGCAGUGCGCCGACACCAAGAAUAAUAACGACGAGAGCAAGCCUGCACCCCAGAAGAAAGUAUACGUUACUGAUUUUGACUUCUCGCUCGAUCUGACUCGAUCCCUGCUAUGUCAUGGUGAGGGUGCUACGGGAUGGCAUGAACUGUCUGUUGUUGGAUAUGGGGAUGGUCAGGAAGUGUUUCGGGGGGGAAGAGUUCGGUCUCGCCAGUGGGCAUCGCAUUCCAGACUUGCUGGUACGGUAGAUCUAGAGGGGGCCGGUCAGCAGAUGGAGGAUGUACCUUUCUUAAGCCAGAGGGAGGAUGAUGGCUCUACUCCCGCCUUGAUGAGUUGGUGUGGGUGUGAACGGUUCUGUGACGAUCCUGCCAGGGUCAAAUCGUUUAUUCUCACUCGCGUUCUGGAUGGAUUUGAUGUCGAGAUUCUGCGCUCCGAGCUGACGUCGUAUUUGCGCUCACUCAAUUACCGCGGCACAAUCACCAUCUCAGCAAGCAUCCCCAAUAGUUCUGUUACCUUCUACUCACCGCACUGGAUUAAUAAGAUGCGAAAUGACAGAGUUGUCUCCACACUUUGCAUCGCAUUGCAGUUAUGGAUCGUGGCGCUCCCUGUAAUCUGGCUGCUGGAAAGACGCUACGAGGUCGUGCGGUCGGUAUGGUGGUCCUCCCGCGAGGUUGCGGAUGCCAUAGCCACGGCAGCGUCCGGCCCACGAAAGGUCUACGCCUGUGGACGAAAUGAAGAGGAACUGGCUGGGUUCUGGGCACCGAUUGUUAUGCAAGCGGCCUGGGAGCGGCGGAAGGGGUGUACCCUCACGGAGGAGGACUUGGGGAGGCUGCAGCGACGAAAAGAGCGUCUGGGGCGGAUGCGGUGGAUGGAAUCGCUGGAUGGGAGGGUAACAGGAGCUGGCUCGAGGGUUACUUUGAAGGGACCUUUAGUUUUAGGAGGUUACAAUUCCCAGGCGGGAUGGGGUGCGAAUUGUUAGGUCGGUAAAUUCGAUGAUUGUCUAUGUAGUUGUCUGGGACUCAUGGAGUAUCAAUACAACAUAACGUUCUUUCUUCACUGUUUGUAAUCGACUAUCCAAAGACGCGGCCUGACCAGAUCAUUACAUACAGUUCAAAUCCAUAGGAAAAUACAAAUCAACUUACUUCUCCCCGCCUUCUAGGUAUUCCUUGAACCAUUGAAUAAGGAGAAUGGGACGCCAUUUUUCUAUGUUUCUUGGAACUGGAAAUUGGAUAUUAUGUUUUCCACAGAAGCAGUGGCAGAUUAUGG